AUGGUUCCGAUCAUGCAGAUUUCGGCCAGUUCUUCGACCGCCACGAACGCGACGAAAGUGUGGAGCCCUACUGCCAAUCACGAACGCCGCUACCAGGGGUUGGCUGCUCCCAAAGCGGCUGCGCACCGUGUUCGACUCUGCUACCGGGACGAGGCUUACCGUCAGCGCUCAGAGGCGCGAGCCAAGUGUCUCAUGGCCGACGCAUCGUCGCCCACAAGCUCGAGUACCAGCGCUCUCAUAGCGAAGAAAGCGCUCAAGUACCGCAAGGUCUACGACCGCAUGACGGGCGUAGACGUGAACGACCCUAACUUCGACGUGUUCGAGUUCCUGGGCGUCGAUUGGUGCAAGAACCCGUCUAUGGAGUCCUCAGGUCGCGUCUAA